CCGGCACUGCCCGCGGGGAGGACGCGCCGCCGCCGCCACCCAGCGCCGCCGCCGCCGCCGCCUCCAGCCGGGCCGCCGUGCGUCCCGGGGGCCGGCCCCGCGAGCGCAGGAGUAAACACCGCCGGAGUCUUGGAGCCGCUGCAGAAGGGAAUAAAGAGAGAUGCAGGGAUUUGUGAGGUUACGGCGCCCCAGCUGCAAGAUGCACUAGCCGGCUGAACCCGGGAUCGGCUGACUUGUUGGAACCGGAGUGCUCUGCACGAAGAGUGGUGGAUGAGUUGAAGUUGCCUUCCCGGGGCUCAUUUUCCACGCUGCCGAGAGGAAUCCGAGAGGCAAGGCAAUCACUUCGUCUUGCCAUUGAUUGGGUAUCGGGAGCUUUUUUUUUCUCCCCUCUCUCUUUCUUUUCCUCCGUCUUGUUGCAUGCAAGAAAAUUACAGUCCGCUGCUCGCCCGCCCUGGGUGCGAGAUAUUCAGCCCCGCUCUCUCCCGUGCAUUGUGCAACCCAAAGAUGAAAGACCGAAGGGGAGAAAGUUAAAGAAAUCGCCCACAUGCGCUGGAUCAGUCCACGGCUUGGGGAAAGGCAUCCAGAGAAGGUGGGAGCGGAGAGUUUGAAGUCUUUACAGGCGGGAAGAUGGCGGACUGGAGCUGAAAGUGUUGAUUGGGAAACUUGGGUGAUUCUUGUGUUUAUUUACAAUCCUCUUGACCCAGGCAGGACACAUGCAGGCCAAAAAACGCUAUUUCAUCCUGCUCUCAGCUGGCUCUUGUCUCGCCCUUUUGUUUUAUUUCGGAGGCUUGCAGUUUAGGGCAUCGAGGAGCCACAGCCGGAGAGAAGAGCACAGCGGUAGGAAUGGCUUGCACCACCCCAGUCCGGAUCAUUUCUGGCCCCGCUUCCCGGACGCUCUGCGCCCCUUCGUUCCUUGGGAUCAAUUGGAAAACGAGGAUUCCAGCGUGCACAUUUCCCCCCGGCAGAAGCGAGAUGCCAACUCGAGCAUCUACAAAGGCAAGAAAUGCCGCAUGGAGUCCUGCUUCGAUUUCACCCUUUGCAAGAAAAACGGCUUCAAAGUCUACGUAUACCCGCAGCAAAAAGGGGAGAAAAUCGCCGAAAGUUACCAAAACAUUCUAGCGGCCAUCGAGGGCUCCAGGUUCUACACCUCGGACCCCAGCCAGGCGUGCCUCUUUGUCCUGAGUCUGGAUACUUUAGACAGAGACCAGUUGUCACCUCAGUAUGUGCACAAUUUGAGAUCCAAAGUGCAGAGUCUCCACUUGUGGAACAAUGGUAGGAAUCAUUUAAUUUUUAAUUUAUAUUCCGGCACUUGGCCUGACUACACCGAGGACGUGGGGUUUGACAUCGGCCAGGCGAUGCUGGCCAAAGCCAGCAUCAGUACUGAAAACUUCCGACCCAACUUUGAUGUUUCUAUUCCCCUCUUUUCUAAGGAUCAUCCCAGGACAGGAGGGGAGAGGGGGUUUUUGAAGUUCAACACCAUCCCUCCUCUCAGGAAGUACAUGCUGGUAUUCAAGGGGAAGAGGUACCUGACAGGGAUAGGAUCAGACACCAGGAAUGCCUUAUAUCACGUCCAUAACGGGGAGGACGUUGUGCUCCUCACCACCUGCAAGCAUGGCAAAGACUGGCAAAAGCACAAGGAUUCUCGCUGUGACAGAGACAACACCGAGUAUGAGAAACCGAAUUUCGCUCUUGUUGCUCAGACUGGAGUGCAAUGGCAUGAUCUCAGCUCACCGCAACCUCCGCCUCCCAGGUUCAAGCGAUUCUCCUGCCUCAGCCUCCCGAGUAGCUGGGAUUACAGGUAUGAUUAUCGGGAAAUGCUGCACAAUGCCACUUUCUGUCUGGUUCCUCGUGGUCGCAGGCUUGGGUCCUUCAGAUUCCUGGAGGCUUUGCAGGCUGCCUGCGUCCCUGUGAUGCUCAGCAAUGGGUGGGAGUUGCCAUUCUCUGAAGUGAUUAAUUGGAACCAAGCUGCCGUCAUAGGCGAUGAGAGAUUGUUAUUACAGAUUCCUUCUACAAUCAGGUCUAUUCAUCAGGAUAAAAUCCUAGCACUUAGACAGCAGACACAAUUCUUGUGGGAGGCUUAUUUUUCUUCAGUUGAGAAGAUUGUAUUAACUACACUAGAGAUUAUUCAGGACAGAAUAUUCAAGCACAUAUCACGUAACAGUUUAAUAUGGAACAAACAUCCUGGAGGAUUGUUCGUACUACCACAGUAUUCAUCUUAUCUGGGAGAUUUUCCUUACUACUAUGCUAAUUUAGAUUUAAAGCCCCCCUCCAAAUUCACUGCAGUCAUCCAUGCAGUGACCCCCCUGGUCUCUCAGUCCCAGCCAGUGUUGAAGCUUCUCGUGGCUGCAGCCAAGUCCCAGUACUGUGCCCAGAUCAUAGUUCUAUGGAAUUGUGACAAGCCCCUACCAGCCAAACACCGCUGGCCUGCCACUGCUGUGCCUGUCAUCGUCAUUGAAGGAGAGAGCAAGGUUAUGAGCAGCCGUUUUCUGCCCUACGACAACAUCAUCACAGACGCCGUGCUCAGCCUUGACGAGGACACGGUGCUUUCAACAACAGAGGUGGAUUUCGCCUUCACAGUGUGGCAGAGCUUCCCUGAGAGGAUUGUGGGGUACCCCGCGCGCAGCCACUUCUGGGAUAACUCUAAGGAGCGGUGGGGAUACACAUCAAAGUGGACGAACGACUACUCCAUGGUGUUGACAGGAGCUGCUAUUUACCACAAAUAUUAUCACUACCUAUACUCCCAUUACCUGCCAGCCAGCCUGAAGAACAUGGUGGACCAAUUGGCCAAUUGUGAGGACAUUCUCAUGAACUUCCUGGUGUCUGCUGUGACAAAAUUGCCUCCAAUCAAAGUGACCCAGAAGAAGCAGUAUAAGGAGACAAUGAUGGGACAGACUUCUCGGGCUUCCCGUUGGGCUGACCCUGACCACUUUGCCCAGCGACAGAGCUGCAUGAAUACGUUUGCCAGCUGGUUUGGCUACAUGCCGCUGAUCCACUCUCAGAUGAGGCUCGACCCCGUCCUCUUUAAAGACCAGGUCUCUAUUUUGAGGAAGAAAUACCGAGACAUUGAGCGACUUUGAGGAAUCCGGCUGAGUGGGGGAGGGGAAGCAAGAAGGGAUGGGGGUCAAGCUGCUCUCUCUUCCCAGUGCAGAUCCACUCAUCAGCAGAGCCAGAUUGUGCCAACUAUCCAAAAACUUAGAUGAGCAGAAUGACAAAAAAAAAAAAAGGCCAAUGAGAACUCAACUCCUGGCUCCUGGGACUGCACCAGACUGCUCCAAACUCACCUCACUGGCUUCUGUGUCCCAAGACUAGGUUGUGUACAGUUUAAUUAUGGAACAUUAAAUAAUUAUUUUUGAAAUGAUUGCUAUGCAGGUUUAAACUUUUUUAAUGAUCAAAACUAUUAAAAACCAGAGUUCUUUGUUUAAUCAAAA